GACAUCAUUUACGGUAGCACUUUACGGCAACAUGGCAGCCUGCUUGCUGAGCUGAGUUUCGGUCGGCUCUGGUCGUCGAUAUCUAAAACUUCAUCAUGAAAACGUGGAGGGACAGCUCGAGGCCAGCAGGUCGGUAACAGAGGGCUCUUGAACAUGAUGAUGUGUUUACCGAGGAUGUCCGCGUCGUUGUGCCGCAACGUGUCAGGUCGCGGCGUGACGUCCGCGCGGGGUGCGGGUGUUUGCUGGCUCGAGCCUGCGUCAUGGCGGCACAGACACACACCUGUCACGGAGUGCGCAAAGGUGAAACAGUCCCCGGCUAGUGGAUUGUGGCUUCUCAGACUCAAAGGGACGGACAGCAGGUUCGCGUGCUGGAGUGGGAUCCUACAGCAGGUGAAAGUGACACCGUGGCAAGCACAAGGGACAGGGGGUCAUGAGAGGUCAGAGGUCAGCGUCCGGUCCCUCCUCUCACCUAGAGCUCGAUGGCUGUGUAGCAGAAAGAGCGAGGAGACUCCGGAAACUUCACCACCGGCGGCGGCGGCGGACCGAAAUGAAGCCAACCCGGUACCUGGUCACGGAUUGUUCAAGUUUAAAGAACUGUAUGAGAACCCAUGGACAAUCCCCAACUUUCUGUGUGUGUGUCGGAUUGUGCUGGCUCCAUUCUUGGGUCACCUGAUCAUCGAGCAGCACUUUCACCUGAGCCUUGCUCUCUUUAUACUGGCUGGAGCGACAGACCUGUUGGAUGGUUACAUCGCCAGAACGUGGCCCACUCAAAAGUCUGCAUUGGGCAGCGCUCUCGAUCCAUUGGCUGAUAAGAUUCUCAUCAGUUUUUUGUAUCUGAGCCUCACCUAUGCUGAGCUGAUCCCAGCUUUACUGACUGGUCUGGUGAUAUCCAGAGACAUCGGUUUGAUAGCUGCUGUGUUCUGGGUCAGGUACAAGACUGUACCUCUACCGGUGACCCUCAGUAAGUUUUUUAACCCCUGCUACACCACUGCACAGCUUAAGCCCACACUCUUCAGCAAGGUGAACACAGCCAUCCAGCUCUUCCUGGUUGCAGCCUCUCUGGCUGCUCCAGUCUUCCAGUACACCGACAGUGUGCCUCUGCAAUGCUUAUGGUAUGUUACAGCGGUGACCACGGCAGCUUCAGGCUACAGUUAUUGGCACUACGGCCGUAAGACUGUGCGGGUGCUGAACACCAGAUCCCCAUGAAAACCACACCAGCAGCAGAACAAAAGAAGUGAACAGCCGCGGCAAAGACACUGAUCAGCCAUGGGAAAAGUGAGACAGAAAGAUGGAUGAAUAAGCCAAGUAGCCGUGACAACCGUUUUAUGAAUCGUCAUAGGAAUGACACAUGGAAAGUCACCGUGGCCACAGAUGGUUUUCUGCAACACUACAGAAACAGCGGCUCUGUCCUGAACUGGAUGUGGACUAGACGUGCAUAUUGACACAAAUAUAAACCCCAUCUACAUACACACAUGAUCUUCAGUUUUGUAAACCAAUGAUUUAUGAUUAAAAGAGAAAAUGGACCUCGUC